AGAUUUUCGACUAUUUUAUGAAUCCUCAACACUCAAAGCUUGCACUACUUAAAAAUAAAGAAUUUGAACUACCAAAGAUGAAAUCUAUAACGCUGCAUAACUUCUAUGGCUGUAGACUUAAGAAACAUUAAUCACCAGAACCAAAAAUUCCAAAAUUACAAUAGCUAACUUUUCAAUCUACACUCAUUGUCAAACGAAUAUAACCAAGAUGUAGACAAAGGAAAGUAUAAAUGCGCACUAUUUCUUUGCAUAAAAUCAAUAAUGUAGUAUAAGAGCAUAGCACCUAAUAUUUUUUGAAUCAAUCUCUUGAUAUAAAAGGAUGGUCAUAGAAAAGUGUGAUGGAAUUAUUUGAUAUAUGA